UUCCACUGCAAUACGCCGAUCAUUCCACAUUGUGCUCCCGAGACUGUUCGAGUAGUUGUAAUUCGGAAUAGUGCUCUGACAACAUUGCGGUAGAAGAUGGUGUCUGCAUUUUUUACACUCCUUACAGGGCUGUUCCUACUAUUGUGUUUGUAUUUGUACUUGAGGCACAACCAUUGGAAAAGAAAUGGAAUUCCUACUGCUAAAGGGUAUGUUCCAAUCCUCGGCCACAUGUUACCCGUAUUGAUGAAAAGAAUACACUUUGGUCAAUUUAUCCGAAAAGUAUACGACGAGUAUAAAGAUUACAGCAUGGUCGGAAUAUACAACGGAAUAAUGCCAUUGCUAAUUCUUCGAGAGCCUAAUUUAGUAAAAACCGUGCUGCAAAGUAAUUUCUCGAGUUUCCACGAAAAUGCAUUCAAAAUCGACCCAAAUGCGGAUCCCCUUUCGGCUAAAAAUCCGUUUUUUUGCACUGGAGACGCAUGGCUGAACGGAAGAAAACGUCUAACCUACGCGUUUUCUAACGUUAGAUUGAAGGUUCUUUUCGUAGCUGUCAAAGGGGUCUGUAAGAAAUUCGAAAAUUUCUUGAACAGACGACUAGAAACGAAGAACAAGUACGAAGUCGAAUUGAAACCGUUAUUCUUAAGAUUCACUGGUGAAGUUGUAGCAAACGCUGGUUUAGGCAUCGAAGGUCACUGUUUCGAAGAUGAAACAACUGCCAGUGCCUUCAAUCAGCUUACAGGAAACGCGUUAACCACAUCACUAUCAAUUUUAAUCUGGCAAUACUUUCCCGUUAUUGGUCGUUUGUUGAAGCUCAAAUUACUUCCUAAACGAUUAGACGAAUUCUUUAGAAAAGUUGUUGCAGAAAACUUAGAAAUCAGACGAAUGGAGCCGAUAUACAGGAAUGAUUUCCUACAAUUAAUGAUCGACAUGGAAAAAAUAGGGGAGAAAGUCGACGAAGAUGUUAUAGCGGCCCAUGCACUUUCCUUCUUCCUUGAUGGAACCGAGACGUCCAGUCUUACCUUAAAUUACAUUGGAUAUGACUUGGCCGUUCAUCCAGACAUUCAAGAAAAGCUGAGAAACGAAGUGAUGUCUAAGAUCGAAAAACACGGAGGUUUUACGUACGAAGCAUUGAAGGAAAUGACAUAUAUGAAUCAAGUGAUUAGCGAAUCUCAGAGAUGUCACACGGUUGCAGGUUUCAUGCAUAAAAUUUGUACAGAGGAGUUUGUGCUACAAGGCUCAGAUGGAUUAACCUAUCGUGCGAAACCUGGGACGAAUAUAAUUAUACCCGCUGAGGGACUGCAGUGUGAUCCGAAGUAUUGGACCGAUCCAGAAGUUUUCGAUCCGGAACGAUUCAACGAAGAGAGAAAGCAAACAAUAGAAAAAAUGACAUUCCUUCCUUUCGGUGAGGGACCACGAAUUUGUGUUGGAAUGAAAAUGGCUAUGCUACAGAUGAAGGCUUGUUUGGCUAAUUUGUUAAGAAAUUACAAAUUGGAAUUAUCACCAAGAACGCAAGUCCCAUUGAAAAUAUUGCCGAAUCAUUUUCUGGCGGAAGUAAAUGGUGGUAUUUGGGUAUAUAUCACCAAGCUUUGAAGUUAUCGUUGCACUUUUCAAUGCAUGUAUUAAUAUUUAUAGAAUACAAAAUUGUACUACAUAAAGUCAAAUUAUUAUUUUUGCUGUGUUGACUAUUUUUAUGUAAAACAUUUUUAUGUGUUAUAUAAAGAAGAACAUAUGUAUUGUAAUUUUCUACGUAAUGUAUUAGUCACUACAGUAUUUCUUCUUUUAAUGGGCAGAUUACAAAAUAAAAUGAUCGUAACGAUGUUA